AUCCAGUUGUUUCUUUUGUACUUAUUUAAUUGUGAUUGGAUUACUUAAUUGUGUCAUGCAAACGUUUGCAUUUGUGCCCUAGGCAGCGUCACACUUGGAUGACGGCAUUAUGCAGACCAUAAAGUGUGUGGUGGUGGGUGACGGUGCAGUGGGCAAAACAUGCCUUCUCAUCUCCUACACGACAAAUGCCUUCCCCGAGGAGUACAUCCCCACGGUGUUUGACAACUACAGCACACAAGCCAGCGUGGAUGGCCGCGCAGUCAGCCUGAACCUGUGGGACACUGCGGGCCAGGAGGAGUACGACCGUCUCCGCACACUCUCCUACCCGCAGACGCACGUCUUCAUCAUUUGCUUUUCCAUCGGAAGCCCCUCGUCCCACGCCAACGUCCGGCACAAGUGGCACCCCGAGGUGUCCCACCACUGUCCCGGGGUGCCCGUGCUGCUGGUGGGCACCAAGCGUGACCUGCGUUCAGACCGCGAGGCGGUGGAGAAGCUGAAGGAGCAGGGCCUGGCCCCCACCACCCCGCAGCAGGGCACCGCCCUGGCCAGGCACAUUGGCGCGGUCAAGUACCUGGAGUGCUCCGCUCUCCUCCAGGAGGGUGUGCGAGAGGUGUUUGCAGAGGCGGUCCGCGCUGUGCUCUACCCGGUGACCAAGAAGAACACCAAGAAGUGUGUGCUGUUAUGACUGGCGUGUGUGUGAGUGACCUGAUGUCCGUGUCUGUAAGGAAUGGAGGAGUGUAUGUGAAGGAUGAAAGGAUGAUGAUGAUGAUGAUGAUGAUGAUGAGGAGGAUGCCUUUGGUUGUGGAUGUGUGUGUCUGUCCAUUUGGACCAUAAAGACUGGACGGUUAAGGAGGACAUGAUGGGAAAAGGCCUCUCCGUGCACCAAACCAAACUCGUACCACUAGACAGAACCGGAAAAGGGGUCCAUGUGUGCCUGGAACUCGCUGAACUUCUAAUGCCUUUUCCCCUUUGAUCCACCCCUCUCUCUGAAGAUCGAUUAUGUUUUGUUGACACAGUGUCCUGUGGAAUUAUUGUUUUGCCAUUGCCAAAGUGAAGUAAUUUGCAUUAUAGCCAUCUUCCAGACUUUUAAGUCAACUCACACUUCCAUACCCAAGCAAAUACCUUGUAGUUGGCCAGUUGCUAUUUUGCAAAGGUCUAACCUGGCCACUAUUGAAUGAUGUUGCCAUUUUGACAGCAAUGUGCCUUCAGAAUCACACCAUGCUACUAAGUCCAGUCCUCAAAAUCAGGAAUGUAAAGCCUUAAUACUCUUUGGGGCUUCUGGGCAUGCUCUUCUCAUUCAUUAUUUUUUCUUAAGUAGCUGAGUAGAUUUUCAAUCAGCUCUACCCUGAUGUUGCCAACAACCCCAAUGUGAAGCUUCUCAAAUCAUGUGUCUUUUCUAAGCUGUUUCAGACAGACUAAUGCCUGCUCACCUGUGCUCUGUUCAUGUGUUAGCUGAACAGCGUAUCCGAACCAUUGUGUCGAUUAACACAGACAGUCAUUUAUUUCUCUAUGCUUUGGAAAGAAUGGGGAAACGCAUACCGUCAUGGAACUGGCCUACGGUAGCUGCUUAUCAGUAAACACAUAAAGCCAGAAGUGAGCACUUAUGACUGGAGCCCUCUGCUGAAACAUCCACAUGAGCUCCACUUAUGGCAUUUCCUGAGUAGGAUGCAUGUCUAACCACAUGUUCUCCUCACUGCAAAAGUAUUCAUUUCUGAAAGAAAAGAUGCAUGUUUUAUGUUGCUUUUUCAGAUUCCAGUGCAGAUAUGCUCUAUAUUUUUGAUUUAAUAGAUUCUCUUAUCUCAUAUUGAUGUAUAAAGACACUCAUCAUAAUAGAUGUCUGUGUUAAUCGACACUACUCGUACUCGGUAUGUAGCGAUAAAUGGAAUGCCCAAGUAUUUCCAAUGUAAUGCCAUAAAAGGUUAGUCCUUCCCCCAGUGAAUUUUGAUUUAGCUGGCAGAUUUGUGGUGCUCCACUGAGAACAUCCACAUGUUAAAUCAUCUCUGUCGGUGUUAAUUUAUUCCACUAAGAGCAAAAGAGACCAAGCAUUAUCAGUGAUGUAAUGGUUUGAGAUAACGAUCUGGGUUGACAAGGUUGUUUUCUUCUCCUAGUAAACGAGUUAUCUCCGCAUCCACCACAAGCCUCUGGUUGAGGGAUGUGACUUGAAUACCAUUUUUUGUUUUUUGAUGGCCUUGUUUUUCCUGUUAGUGAUGCGGAGACAUUUCUCUUUAUUCACAAUUGUGAGAAUCCAUGCUGGUUAGAUGAGGCUGCAAUGACGGCUUACUUGAUUUAAAUAUGUGGGCCCUCUCCCCCCUGACUCUCCAUUUUGGAUGUUUGUAAGAAAUCCUUGCCUUAUCAUCAUGUGUUUACCCUCUAUUGUCCAGCGGGCUAAGACGCUUCUGCAUACCGUUGCUGCUCUGCCUAAGCAGUCUGAUCAGGAAAGCCUGGUGGAGAAAAACCAUGUAACAAAGGCACGAGUCAGGAAGGCAGGGAAAUGCAGGCGUUGGCCUUCGUGCCAGGCUACCCACAUAGAGGGUCUUUUGAGUGGGGUGAAUCUGUGCGUAUGACUCAGGUCUAACUGUCUGUUGUUGUAAUCCUUGCAAUGGUAGCUUUCAGUGACAGACCCUGAACGUUCAUCUCUGGACUGGACUUAGAGAAUUGCCCUGCAGCCAAACAAAAGUGACGAGAGACGGACAAUGACAGGAGGGGACAGAAAUAUGCUGCUGGUUUUCAAUUACAUCAGCACUUACAGACUGAGUGAAGUAAUUCAUGUAUUAGAGAGUACUUUUUAACCAGUGAUCCCACACAAUUUGCCCCGCAGCAAGAAGAAGGUGAAGCGGCUGUCACCUCUCCCUAUAAGUUACUUUUCACAACAACUUGAUGCCAACAAAAUGAAACCUGAAGGUUAGGACUCUUGAGGAUGUAAUGGAGUUUGCUCCAACAUUUAUAAGCCAAGUAUAAAUACAUACAAAAGUGCAAUUUUUACUUAGUAUGUUUUAUGUACAUGUGUAUGUGUAAUUGUUUUUUUUUUUUUGGAAUUCACUGCCAAACCACACCUGGAAAAUUAAAUGACACAAAAUUCCUGUUCCCACUUACAGUGCUACUGGUCACUAUAUUACUAGAUUAUCGCCAACUUGACUGUAGAAGUAAUAUUUGGACUAGCUGCACCAGAUUUGUAUGCUUCAAAACAACCUCAUUUUUUAUAUUUGGCCUUUUUAUAUGUGAAGGUAAAAUUGUACUCAGAAGGUUUAACAAUACAGGUACUUUAAUAUUUAAUCAGAAAAUGUGUUUUGGAUGUGUUUAAUUCAUUUACCUUUACCUUAUUGUGCCACAGCAAUUUAAUGAGGGGUAGGAGGAGGCUAUUUUUCAUACUGGUUUUCAGGAGUGAUGGCAAAACUCUUGCAUGCCAAUAAAAUAUAUUUUAACGUAAA